CUGAUAAUUAAUUGAAAUUGAAUCAAGCUCUAUCUCCGUCUCCCUCCCUCUCGUUCCCUGGGUCGUUGAAAAAUGCCGAGCAAGUGCGAGAUUUUGUGCGAAAUCUUGAUCGCGAUCCUUAUUCCUCCUCUCGGAGUCUGCCUCCGCCAUGGCUGCUGCACUGUUGAGUUCGUAAUUUGCCUGCUUCUGACAUUCUUAGGCUACAUCCCCGGCAUCAUAUACGCGGUCUACGCCAUUGUGUUUGUGAACCGUGACGAGUUCUUCGAUGAAUACAGGCGCCCUCUCUAUUACGCUUAAUCGAGUCACGCGCAUCGCGAUCUUGGCAAAGCAUCAUCACCGCCUGUAAACUCCACUUAUAUAUUGAAUUCAAGGUAUGUGCAUUCUGUCAAAAAUAUGAUGUGAUCUCAUUCUAGCGGUACAUUCUGGACGAUGUAACAUGGAUCUAAUAACUUCAUUGAUGUCCGCUGAUCAUCAUCCUUUGCAAUUUUGGCUCCCCGAUUAGAAGGGUUUUGCGAGUGUUGAAAGAUCCCAAAUGAACAGAUUCAAACUUGAUAAAUGGGGCGGAAGAGAUCGAUCGAGAAUUGUUGUUGCGAACAGAGUUUGGGGCUAAGAAAAGAUACUCAAGACACUGAGGGUCAUCAUUUACAUUUUGUUUUGGAUUUUUCCAUUUCUUUUAAAAAAAUUUAUGAAAAAAUCAUAUCACUUGAUUGAGUUUUUAUAUGGAUUCCAUUUGAUUGA